AUGGAAGCCCACCACCUCCCCAGCACCGUCCCCGAGUCACAGGUGCUCAUCAUCAUGACCGGGGGCACCAUCUGCAUGCAGCGGUCACCAUCCGGCUUCGUACCCGCGCGGGGCUUCCAGGAAACAUGUCUCGCCAAAAUCCCCAUAUUCAACGACGGCUCGCGGCCGCAGCCGAUGAAAGUGGUCGUGGAUGCAGACGGGCGCGCAAAGAAAUAUGCCAGCCUUCGCACGCCGGCCAGUCUGUACGACCGCCAGGUACGGUAUACCGUACUCGAGUUUGAGGAAUUGCUAGACAGCAGCUCGAUUGAUUCCAGGGGAUGGGCGCUGAUUGCGCAGACCAUUUACAAUAAUUAUACCCUAUUUGACGCGUUUGUCGUGCUGCAUGGAACCGAUAGCUUGGCGUAUACCUGCUCAGCGUUGAGCUACAUGCUGCAGGAGCUCGGCAAGCCCGUGAUCUUGACUGGUUCGCAAGCGCCGAUGCUGGAGCUGCAAAACGACGCAUCAGACAACUUGCUCGGCAGUCUUGUUGUCGCAGGCCACUUUAUGAUCCCUGAGGUCUGUUUGUACUUCAACUACAAGCUCUUCCGCGGCAACCGAGCAACGAAAGUAUCUGCCAGCGACUUCGCUGCCUUCGACUCACCCAAUGCACCACCGCUGGCGGUGACCACGUCGAUGAGAACGCUGGUGAACUGGGAUCUAGUACGACGACCAACCAGCCUGCAACAUUUCAGCAUCCGCACCAACCUCGACACCAGCCACGUCGCGUGCCUACGAAUCUUCCCCGGCAUAAAGCCGGAAAUGGUCGACGCUGUGUUGAAGCUCGACGGUCUGCGAGGAUUAGUUCUCGAGACAUUUGGCGCUGGCAAUGCGCCUGGCGGCCAGGACAACGCGAUGACCAAGGUCCUCGCGAGCGCGAUUCAGCGGGGAAUUGUGAUUAUCAAUAUCACGCAGUGUCUCACCGGCCAUGUCAGUCCCGUGUACGCGCCCGGCAUGACGCUGUUCCGCGCUGGCGUGGUGGCCGGCCAGGAUAUGACGACGGAGGCGGCCCUCACGAAGCUGGCGUAUCUGCUUGCACUGCCAGAAUCAACGGCCGAGUCGGUGGCGAGGGAUAUGGCGGUGUCGCUGCGCGGCGAGCUCACGAACCACUCACAAACCGUCUUCCGGCAUCCAGACGGCGGGCUGUCGGAGCGCACGACGACGCUGACGGCGCUGGGCUACGCGAUUGCGCAGGGCGAUCUGGCGCGCGUGCAGGAUCUGGUCAAAGGCGAGAAUAUCUGGAUCCUGAACGAUGCGGAUUAUUCGGGGAAUACGCCGGUGCACAUCGCGGCUCACUCGCCGUCGCUCGAGAUCCUGCGGUUCUUCCUGCUGCAAGGCGCGUCGGUGCACUUGCGCAAUAGCGCGGGCCGCACGCCGCUGUUCCUGGCGGCGAGCGCGGGUCUGGCUGAGCAUGUCGUGCUGCUCCGCAAAUCCGGGGCGCAUCUUCACGCGGACGAGAAGGCGGUGGCCGAGAUACAGGCGCGACAGCGGCCGGGCGUGUGGAGUAUGGCGGGGAUGAAUCCGCUGAAUGGCAGUACAGACCAGUGGGCGGGGGGUACAGAGUGGUCGCCGAGCGUGAACGGGGUGGCGGGGUCGGCGCCGUAA